AAGUUCGAUGUCUUUCAUUCAGAAGUAGUGUCACUGGGGUUCUCGGCCAUGUGUGAAGUGCUGAUCGUACACACCAUUGAAGCGGAGGAGUGGGCAAAUUAUCUAAAGAACAUACUAGAGGCAUCUCGUAAUUUCCCUGAAGAGUCAGUGAUCUUACAUCUCGUGGAUGGGGAGAGCUACCUACAGCAGGCUGACUUGUCAGUUUUCAGCCAUAGCAGGUGCAUCUUACUUUUGCUGUCAACUGUGUUCCUGGACAUCCAAAGAGAACCAGGGGUACUCGAGACUUUCCGUAAACUUCUUUACCCCUCUCAGAAAGUCAUUGCAUUUUUGUGUGGGGUGUCUGAAAAUGAAGAGUUUGACGACUAUUUUGAGGACUGGGUGAAGUGGAGGAAGCUAUAUGCAGAGGAUGAGCCACGCAUGUACGUCUCCACUGUGCUGGAGUCCAUAGCUGACGCUUCAGAAGAUGUCCUUGAGAAUUACACCCAGGAAAAGACAGAGAAUGACAUCAUAACUCCACCUCAUACUCCACCUGAUUAUGAAAUCAUAGUUCAGACCCCAUCUCCACAUGACAUCACAUUCCAGACCCAGCCAGACAAUGACUUCACAAUCCAGACCUCGCCAGAGGAUCAAAUCACACCCCAGGUUCUGUCUGAGGAUGUGAGAGACCCAGACGGCGAUGAAGAUUCACCUUCGCAUGCUGAAGUUGAGAGCCGUCAGAGCAACCAGAACCCUGAGACUGACGGUUGGAUCCCACAGACAGAUCAGAACAACAGUCUCACAUCAGACACGAGUCAAACUGAGACCUCAACCCAUCAGCCCUCGUUCAUAGUUCAGCCGGACAGAAUACUGUGUGGGAGCACAAUGAAUAUUUACAUCAUCAUGGCAAUUAAGUUGGACAGUCAAGCAAAGGUAGAAGUGGAGUUUUCAUGUCAGAACUCAACAGCCAAACUGGUUCCAGGGACAUUUGUGAAUGAAUAUACAGUCAGCUUUCAGUCACCUGAUAUGCCUGCAGGAGAAGUCAUGCUAACUCUUUACAGUAAUGCCUCCGCUGUCUGCUCAGGUUAUGUCACAUACUUUUCAGCCAUGGAAGAGAUUAAUAGCCUUCUGGAUAAAUUAGCUGAUCCCCUGCAGUUCAUGUGUCAGGCAUUUGCCAUCACAUCCAACUUCACAGAGUCACUGGACACUUUGCUUACUGACUCACUCAAACAGCGGUUACCGGCAACUGGACUACAGGUGUUUGGUAUCAGUCAGCUUGAGCAUAACAAUUCAUCUACAAAUCAGCAAAACAUGGAAUUGCCCACUUUGCUCCACUUCUCGGCCAAGUAUGGGCUGAGGGAGUUGACGACCGUGUUACUGCAGUGUCCUGGUGCCCUGCAAGCCUACAGCGUGGCCAAUAAGGAUGGAGAUUACCCAAACAGACUGGCAGAGAAGAAUGGCUUCUCAGAUUUGAGGCACUUUAUGGAUAAGUAUCUUGAGUCAGCGGGUACAGACCUACCCAGCACAGAGGAGGUGACAACACCGGAGCAGGAGGACAUCUAUGAGCCCAUGUCCAAUGCUCAGCAAGACCUCUCCCCUGGUUACUCCCUCCAUGAGGACAUCUACAUGUCAAUGAUGGAGCUGAACCCUGAAUGUGCAGAGGACCUGUAUGAGGACAUGGCCAGUGCUUUAGAAAACUCUCAGAACCCAGAGGAGACCAUGCUCAGGAAGUUCUUCCAAGUGAAGUCUGACCAAUGUUUGACCCCAGUGGAAGAGGGCCUGUCCGGUGAAGACUACAAAGGGGAGGAAGAGGAGGAGAAUAUAGAGGUGUAUGGAGACGAGGAAGACCUGUACAACAUGUGCUUUCCUGACCAGAUCUACGAUACUGUCGAUGGCAUCACACCUGAAAUCAUAAACCGCCCUCCAGCCCCAAUACCACGGCCUUCAAUGAACCCUGAACCUGUGGAGAACAAAACUUACAUCUCCAGAGUCUUCUCAUCCCAUGAGGUCUCCAGCUCGCUGGGAAAUCCCCCCGACACAGAGUCGUCUACAGCACCUGUUCGGCCGGUGAGAGACCGAGUCCUGAGCAGUGCCUAUGACCCGUAUGCAGGUAUGAAGACGCCUGGGCAGAGACAGCUCAUUGUACUGCAGGAGAGGGUGAAGGUGGGCGCUCUGACUGUGGAGGAGGCCGUGCAGGAGUUCAAGGCCUGGCAGUUCGACCAGGAGAGGAGAUCUCAGUCCCUUCGCUUCCAGCAGGAAAAUUUACAGAGAUUACGAGAUAGCAUCACUCGGCGACAUAAAGAGAAGCGAAGCAGUAAAGAUGAUCUUGAGAUAACGGCUCCGAUACAGAGGAACCUCCAGUGGGGUUCACACAUGAAGGUGGAGUGCUCGGUUUAUGAGCCCAGCCCUCGCACUGUUGCUCCACCCCCUCUGGUCAGCAGACCCCUACAGAGAAGGACUUGGCAAACAGGCAGCACCUCCAGCACCUCCAGUAGUGGGAGUAACAGAUUGAGCACACACAGUACGUUCAGUUACAGCAGUGGAGCUGAUGGUGAAUAUGAGGAGGCUCCGGAUUGUCCUCUCCCCCCUCGACCCCCCCGGAUUAAUGAGACCCCCCCUGUGUUGCCGCCCCCCAGAAUCCCGCCCCGCCUGCCUGAACGACUGCCAGACAUGCUAAAUGAGCGCUACGUGUCAAGUCCCACACGGGCCCUUCCUCAGCUCCCCCCUCACAGACCCAUCCCUCCCCCACCCAUACCACGCAGGCCAAGAUGA